UGCAACGCUUGACCCUUGAAUUCAACCUUUAUCAAGAGAAUUACCAGGGAUUCGAUGCUAAGUACGUUUCGGGGCAAAAGUGUAUUGACAAAAUGUCCGAGGAUGAAGGUCAAUCGGCAACUGCUUAUCGGUCUCAACGUGUAGGAGCAGACUCCAGGCCACCUGAAAUUACGCGCAGGAUCACGGCCUGUGAAGCAUGUCGCAAACAGAAGGUAACUGACGGCGGCCACAUAAAACAAAGGAUCUGGCAAUAAUGACGAUGCUGACACCACCUUAGAUCCGAUGUUCAUUGAAGAAU